GUGCUGUUGUGAUGUGAGAACACAACUAAUAAGACGACGACGACAUCGUUUCUUCGGUUUGUUCGGGUCUUUUCUUGGUUCCGUCCGAUGGAUUAGGAGGACACUGGCGCUGGCAAAGCGGAUGUGCAACUUGUUUCGUUCAUUUUGUGUGGUUCUUACAACGUGUGUUUUAACGAUGUGAUAUCCGCUUCCAGAUUUUUUUUUAUCACAGCCACCUGCGAUUGAUACACGCGUGCCUGCAUGUGUAUGUGUUCGCCUAUGUGUGGAUUAGCAAGAAAAGCGAAGAAAAGUUCAGAAAAUGACCUCAACGGAGUCGCGAGGGAACGUCUCCGUGACGACGAUCAACUGCGAGAACGACGGUAACUUUAAUCCGGGCGGAAGUAGCAGCAGCAGUAGCAUCAGUAGUAAUAGCAGUAGCAACAGCAACAGUAGCAACAACACUCCGAGUGCCACCGGUGGCGGAAAUGGCAGCGGAGGAGCGAUUUUCGGCAAUGUUGGUAUCCGAAUAACAGUGCCAAAAAUGGAAGAAUCGGAUGAGUCUGAUACGGAACUUUCCAAUAUUGAAAAGACGGCAAAGGUGAGCAUGCGAGAAGAUCGAGGAAAAGGACUUCCCCGGCCGAUGUCCUGGGAGGGCGAACUGUCGGAAUCGGAAGCCAUGAUAAUUGACAAUGAAAACAGCUCGAGUGGAAUCCCGAAAUCGGAACCGCUGGUAGUGACGAAGGAAGAGCCCUCGGGACCUGGCAUCACGGAACCCCUAGCACUAACUGCAAACCACAGCAGCAGUGGCAGUCCCAUUCCAAACCGAUCCAUCAAACCGGAAGUGGACAUCCCACUGAUCACUAGUAAUCACAGCAGCGUCUCUUCCAGCUAUAUCAAUUCCAUUCCAACCAGCAACAGUAGCAGUAGUAGCAUUAACUCUAAGAAACUUCCGGACAUCAUAAAUCUUAAGUACGAGCACAGCGUCGCGGACAAUCCUCCGGUAGCCCACUCGCCGCUCCUGGUUCGCUCAAAAACAACACUCCUCCCGGCCAACCCGAGUCCGGAUUCCGCCAUUCACUCGGUCUAUACCCACAGCUCACCGAGCCAAUCCCCUCUAACAUCCCGACAUGCCCCCUACACUCCCUCGCUGAGCCGGAACAACAGCGAUGCAUCACACAGCAGCUGUUACUCGUACAGUUCCGAGUUCAGCCCAACGCAUUCGCCCAUCCAGGGUCGGCACAAUAUGUUCUCCGGCCCGGGAUCGGCCGGCGGCUACAACGGAUCACCCCUGCAUCACUCAGUAUUAUACAAACCGAUGCUGGACAACGAGCAAGCCUUAAAACUUACCACCGGCCAGGAAGAAUCGAUCUUCGACGGGGACCACCUUCCAUCUCCGGGAAUCUCCCGGCAGCAGCUUAUCAAUAGUCCAUGUCCCAUCUGCGGAGACAAGAUAUCCGGCUUCCACUACGGUAUCUUUUCGUGCGAAUCGUGCAAGGGCUUCUUCAAGCGAACCGUGCAGAACCGGAAGAACUACGUGUGCCUUAGGGGGGCGGCCUGCCCGGUCACGAUCGCCACCCGGAAGAAGUGUCCGGCCUGCCGGUUCGAGAAGUGCCUUCAGAAGGGGAUGAAGCUCGAAGCUAUCCGCGAGGAUCGGACUAGGGGAGGCCGCUCGACGUACCAGUGCUCGUACACCAUCCCAGGCAACAUUCUCGGAUCGCAGACGCUGGCCGGCUUGGGUGGUCCGGAUGGCGGCGGUGGCAACAGUGGAGCGGGAUACGGUGGUGGCUAUUCGGUCAACUCACAGCGUGGCCUGGGUCCGUUCGGGGGUCCCGGUGGCAUCAGUGCCGGCCUAGCGGGUCUAGCUGGCCAGCAGCUUAAGAUCGAAUCACCCAGCGACAUCAACAGCAAUUCGUCCCAUUCGAUUGGGCACGAUAGCUUGUCGUCGGGCGCCUUGAAGAACAAUAGACCAGGCAUUCCACAGCUUUUACAGGAAAUAAUGGACGUGGAGCAUUUGUGGCAGUACAAUGCAACGGAACUGGCCAGACUGAAUCAACCUGCUCCACCGGUCAGUGCGGCGGCCAUCGCCGCCAAUCCGCUCCUGUCCAGCGCGGGCAUCUCGAGCGAAAGCAGUCCGGAUCUCAUCGCCAAUCUGUGCAACAUUGCCGACCAUCGGUUGUACAAGAUCGUCAAGUGGUGCAAGAGUUUGCCGCUUUUCAAAAAUAUUACCAUCGACGAUCAAAUUUGUCUGCUGAUCAACUCUUGGUGUGAGCUGUUGCUGUUCUCCUGCUGCUUCCGUUCGAUGGCAACACCGGGGGAAAUCAAGAUUUCGCUUGGUAAAUCGAUCACGCUGGAACAGGCUAAGCACAGUGGUUUACAGACCUGCAUCGAACGAAUGCUCAAUCUCACGGAUCACCUGAGGCGCCUUCGGGUCGACCGGUACGAGUACGUGGCGAUGAAGGUGAUCGUGCUGCUCUCGUCGGAUACCUCCGAGCUGAAGGAAUCGGAGAAGGUUCGGGCGAGCCAGGAGAAGGCGUUGCAGGCGCUGCAAGCCUACACCCUGGUGCACUAUCCGGAGAUGCCGGCCAAGUUCGGGGAGCUGCUGCUGCGGAUCCCGGAACUGCAACGGACUUGUCAGGUCGGCAAGGAAAUGUUGACGAUAAAACCGAAGGACGGCGAGGAACCCUCCUUCAAUUUGCUGAUGGAACUGCUCCGUGGUGAACACUAGAAAAACAAAAAAUCAUUCGACAUUCUACAGAUCGUGCCUCAUAGAACAAAAACAACAGACAGCGUUAGUUAGAAGAACGACUCUAACUAGCGUUUAGAACAAUAGUUUCCUUUCCUUGGGUCUUGGGCUGGUGUUUGUGGGAAUUCCCUAAAAUCGCCCUAGCAUGUAGACCACUCACCGUUGAUUGGUUGGAAGGAAACUCUCAACGAAAAAGGCGCGGGAUCGCCUUUUGAUGAUUUAUAAGAUCAACCCACAACACAUACACACAUUCACUAAACAAAAGGACAAAAAUCUUCCCUUAAAACAAUCGUACUUGCAUCACAGAAACACUAAACCAACAAAAAAAAGUAGAACACCACGUGUAAGAGUUCCUUGAUUCCCCGGAAAAUCUAGCCAGGCUCAACUCAAACCACUCACUCAAAUUCUCUGAGCUCUCUUUAAAGGAGCCUGGCUUUUCUGCUUCCUUUGAAAAACUAAAUGCCCCCCCCCCCUUCCAGAAAAAAAGGGGCGGAACUUUCAACACGCCUAAUAAUCAAAAUAACAGCAACCGUAAAACAGAACCCUUCUUAAGAAAAUGUGAUUUUUGUAGUACUCUUUCCUUAUAAGCAUAUAGGAAAACCAGCAGAUAAUGUUCUAUGUUUAAUUGGAUUAUUUUUUUAUUUUAUUUUAAGCGAGUGUGCCGCACCCACACAGUGAGAAAAGAUGCAAAGCAAGCAAACGAGAAGAAUCAAAAGUAAGCGCAAGCACACACACACACAGAGUAGGAUUUAAGUUUGAAACCGUUCAGUCCCUUCAUUGUUAGUAGAGUGUAGUAGAGCGUAAGUAAAAACAAUAGAAAGAGAGAGAGCGAGAGAGCGUGGUUUAUUUUAAACUCUGUUUAUAUGAUUACGUUUUAUUUUUAAUAAUGAUGAAUUUUUAUUUUUUUCUCUCGUCCUCAUUAUAUUAUAUCGGAAUCGAUUUUAUUAUUGCAGUAGUAGAUUUUAAAUCGAUCGUUUGGAGUAAGAUUUGUUUUUAUAAUUUAUAUAUUUCGUGUAAUUUGUAGUAGUAAAUCUUGUUCUAAAUGUUAUAUCGGUUUCUGUGUUGUUCAAUACAAAACCAUUUUCAAGCUUCCACUAGUUUUUAUCGCUCAUUGAAAUCAGCAAAUGUUUUCCUUUCAGAAAGUUGAAAAAGCUUCAGAUCGUUUUUGUUCUUCUGUGUCCAUUUUUCAAUCGAAUCAUUUUUUGGGAAAAUUGUUUGAUUUUUUCUGUCUCGUGUUGUUGCAAUUUUAAGCAAUACGGAGACUUUGUUUCAACAUUUUUCAAUACUAGCAAAUUUCGUUGUUUUUUCUAACAUAUAAUGAUUGAUACAUCGAGGUUUAAAACUUUUGGAAUACUUUUCAACCUCUCAACUGUUUAUGUAGAACAUCAUCCACUUGUUUGACAUUUACACUCUCCUGAUCGAUAUAACGCGCUUAUAUUUGAAUAUCUUGGAGAGAAGAUGAGAAGGAGCGGAAUUUUUAUGCGAUGGAAUCUUUCUAAGCGGGAAACCGAACAAUCUAAAACCCGAACAGAAAAAUGUGCCUUUUCUGAAAAAAUUAAAUAAAAAACAAAACAUCAACAACCAGAACAAGCUGAAGAGAUAAGCUUACUGAAGAGAAACAUUUUUCGUCUAGUUUGUAAGAAUAUUUUAUGAAAAUGAAAAAAUGUUUAGGAGGUGUAAGCGAACCUCAAAGAAAAAUCACAACUAAAAAUGUUGACGAUUUCCCAAGCGAACAAAAAUCAAACCUCUAGGAAAUCUUCAAUAACGUAAAUAAGAAAAGGCAUAUGACUGAACUUUUUAGUCUAGUGUUUAGUUAACAAUAGAAUAAUAUAUACAACAACAUGUGUAGUGAAAAACAGAAGCAGAUGAAGAACGAGGAGGAGAGAAUCAAUAGCAAGAGCGCUAACAUUUGUAAAUAAGAUCACAACAGAGUAACGUUUUUUGAGUCGAGUUUUUUCGGAAAAUCUGAAUCUUUGAUAGUUGCAAUAUACAAACGAACCCCAGGAGGAGAAACUUAGAAAAAAAUAGAAUCCUAUGGACAACAGUCGUCGAUAGGUAAGGAGUACAUUUAAUUGGAUGGAGAUGCAAAGUCUAUUGUUUUCUUUUAUGUUUUUAUACUUAUAUACUUUUUGCCAGAGAGUGCAAUAGUUUUUCGUUUAUCAAUUUUUCCCCUUAAAGAAGGAAGAAGCUUGCAAACAUCUUCUUUGUUCCGCUUCGUUUAAAAUGGCAGUGUGUUUUUCGAGGGCAUUUGCAUAGUUUGAGUUUGCGAGACUAUCCAAUAGAUCCAAACCAAUCCCAAACAAUUGAGUAAAUAAGAUUUCUGUCUAGUUGUACUUUCGAAAACAAUUAUAUUAUUUAAAAACAUGGUAUGGUGUAAAUAUCAUUUCAAAUGAAUGCGCAGUAAACGAAAAAAGUUAUUGCUGAAAUAUAAAAACUUAACAAUUAAUCCGAGUUUUCCAAGAAAAUGGAAGUAUGUGAUGAUUCAAGCGUAGAAGUAAGAAGUACUCUUAAUUAAAUUAGUUUAAAGAAGAUCAAAAGUAAAAAAAACGAAUCUAUAAAACCGAGAACAUCUAGCAAAAUAUACAGCUACUUAAGCAUCGAACAAUGAGAGAAAAAAUAAUAUGAAAAAACUCACGUUGACCAUCAUUAUUGGCUUCACGUUAAAAAUAUGAAAAACAAAAAUGCAACAACAUAUUAAAAAAUCGAAGAAAAUUUCAGUAUUUCUAGGAACGUAAUUUCUUUACCCGAUUAUUUGUUUCUUUAUUCGUCUUACUUACAGCGAGACAGACAGACAGAUAGCAUUGUUGAAAUUAAAGCUGGAAAUUGUUUUAAAUAACCUAACCUAAUUUGUUGCCGAUAAGUUUUACAGAAAAUCACGGGAAGUUAAAAAAAACUCAAGAAAUAGACAAACAAAACUAAACGAUAAAAGAAAAGGAAAAAAGCUGUACUUAAUCGAUGUUUUCCCUUAAAACAUACACAUGUAAAACGAUACCUAGUUUGUCUAUUGACUGUUUUCGACUUUUUGGAUCGAACGAACAAGUUUUACGUUGUUUGUGGCUAGACCUUCGCAUUCACGUACUUCUAAAUAUUGUUAUGUUCAUCUAGAGGGAAAAAAAACCAUCCAAUCGCGAAUAUUCCGUUUGAAAAAAAAACAUAAAACCACAACCUUUCACAGUUCAGUUCAUUGUGUUUUUGUGGGUGGCAGGCAGUUACCGAACAACAACGGACUGAGUAGAUGAAAACCAUUUUUUUGUGAACGGUAUUUUGAAUCUGCUACCCCUCGCAACUGGACGAAUAGGUACACAUAGUCUCUUCAACAAACAUAAAGAAGGAAAAUUGGCCAUUGCAGCAGAUAAGGGAACAAACUUGAAUUAUUGAAAAAAAAACGCAGAAAUAAUAAUUGAAAAAAAUGAACGAAUAAAAUAUCAGUUU